UCAGCUGCUCCAUCCGUUUACAAACCUGCGCUUACUUACAGUGCUCCGGUAACUAAAACCAGGAAAAGGCGAAAAUUCUUUCCAACCAAUACCAUCCUGCCAGUAUCCAAACUGGUCAGGCCUGCAGCUGGUGCCUCGGCGCCCACAAUUCAGCCUGAUGUCUCUACCCAGCCCUGAUGUCUCUACCCAGCCUGAUGUCUCUACCCAGCCUGAUGAUCCUAUUAUGCCAGGUGACUCGUCUUGCCAGACGAUCCAAUGCCUGAUGACCCAGUGCCCGCUGUCAUGCCUGAUGACUCGAUGCCCGCUGUCGAGCCAGACGAUCCAAUGCCUGAUGACCUAGUGCCCGCUGUUGUACCUGGUGACCCGAUGCCCGCUGUCGAGCCAGAUGGCCCGGUGCCCG